UGUAGCAGAACGCAAUUUCCGCCGCGCUUUUUAAUGUUUUGGAAGGUAAAGUUUAUUCGCCUGUUUGUCAGAUUAUGGUACUUCGAUGAAUUAUAGAACAUAAAGGUGAGCUAGACGGCUGGAGAAAAAGUUCUGGAGAGGAAAUUGAGCAUUCAAUAUAAAAUGGACCUUAAACAAUUGUGUAAUUUUAAGAAAUGUCAUAUGGCUGCAGUAGCCAAUUAAGAAGCAACAUAGCAUUGCUAGCACAUUGAAAGAAACAAUGGAUAAACGGUCAUUUAAAAAACAUUCUAUAAAGGAGCAAGACUCAUCAUUUAGAGAGCAAUAUAAUAUAUUGGAUGAAAAGUAUACAAAAAUUAAAGAAAUUUUAAAACAAGUUUUGGCUGAAUUGAGAGAAUUAAAACUUGAAAAGCAGACAUUAAUAACUGAGCAAGAGAAGCUAGUUGCUGAAAUCAAAGAGAAAGAUGAGUUAUUGGAACGUAUGCAAUCUGUUUCUGAAGCUGUCAUAGAUGAAUACACUGCUUUAAAAGUUAAAUGUGAUUUGGAGACUGAAGCUGCUAAUAAUGCUAUUAAGAGAGCGACGAAGUAUUUUCAAGAAAAUCAGAAACUCAGAGGGAAUACUGGUCAUGAAUCCGAAUCGGCUGUUGCAGGAGAAGAUACAAAUGAAAUUCUUUCCCAAGAACCAUUACUUGAUGAAAGUAUUUCAGAACUGGAUGUUCUUAAUAAUCUUGCUUCAGAACUUAGAACAGAAAUUGCUAACUUAAAAAUACAGUUGGGUAAAGAAAUAGAAAAACAGAACUCAUUAAAAGAAGACUUUGAAAUAGCUAAAAAACUGUACGAGCAAGAGAUGAGAGAUCAUAACUGCACAAAGGAGGAGCUUCGGUCUCUUCAGCUGCUUCAAACUAAUUCGAGACUAGAGGAUGGCGAUUUAGAAAACUACCGUUGUCGUAACUCUAUUCAGUCUAAUCAAGUAGAAGACACUAAUGCUUCAAAACGAAAUUCUGAAAAUCGAGACGAUGUUGAGAAGAAUGAUAGUAUAAUUGCAAAGUUGGAAUCUGCUGAAGCUCAAGUAUCAAUUUACAAGCAGGAGAAUGGAAAACUCCUCUGUAAAAUUCACGAAUUGGAAAGCCAAAUACAAAAACUUAAUAAGGAAGUAUCUGCUUCGGAUUUGUUGCCAAUACCACCUCCUCCCCCACCUCCGCCAUUACCACCACCUUCAUUUAAUCCUAUUAAGUCCUUAAUUACUUUUAUCCAUGCUGGAAAGAAAUCUUCGAAGACAGUGAAAAAAGAGAAUUGUGAAAAUCCACAGCAGAAAGCUAUGUCAGAGAUGAUUGAUGCUAUUAGGAAGGGAAAUAUUCAACUGAAACCCACGCCUAAGACUGCCCCACAAUCUCCUAAGGAACAAGGUGAGGAAACGGCUCUUGGUGAAAUGAAAAAUAUAUUGGCCUCUUUGAAGAAAAAGAAUAGUUCUUGUGAGGAUACAAAAUCUGCUGAAUUGCCAAAUUCUAUUGAUUUUUCAAACCAAGAGACUGAUGAAAAUGUCAAUAUUGGCUCUGAUAUUGAUGAUGAGCUAAAAUCUCUUUUGAGAAAACAGAGCAUAAAAAUUGCAACUAAUAAAGUGAUCAAUGAUGAUGGUGAAGAAGAGGGAAAAAAUUCCGAAAUCCCAUUUCAAGAAGCAGCCACAUCAUGUGAAAAUCAAUUUGCUAGCAAUGCUUCUUGUGAUAAUAGUCAUCUAUCUCCUGAGAAUGAAAAAAAUUUAGAAAUCUCUGAGGAGGAAUUGGCCACAACUAAUGAAAAUCUGUUUGUUGACCCUGUUCUUUCUGAUAAAAGCAUAAUAAGCCAUGAAAGUGAAAAAAGUUUAGAAAUUCCGUUACAGGAAUCCGACAUAUCGGAUGAAAAUCAGUUUGCUGAUCAUUUUCUUUCUAAAAAUAGCAGAAUGAGCGCUGAAAAUGAAACGAGUCUUGAGAUCCCAAUGAAAAAAGCAACUUCUGAAAAUCAGAUUCCUGAUAGCGUUCUUUCAGAAAAUAUUGGAAUGAACAUUGAGAAUGAAAUAAGUCUAGAAUUUCCAUUACAGGAGUCAGCUACUGAAAGUCAAUCUGCUAACUGUGUAUUUCCUGAUGACAACAGAAAGAGUGCUGAAAAGGAGAAAAGUUUGGAAAUCUUAUUGCAGGAACCUGCCACUGAAAAUCAGCUUCCUAACCAUGUUUUUUCUGAUAAUGACAAAAGAAUAACCGAAAAUGAAAAAAGUCAGGGGAUUCUAUUAUGGGAAUCGACUACUGAAAGUCAGCCUGCCGACAAUGUGUUUUCUGAUAAUAGCAGAAAGAGUGCUGAAAAUGAGAAAAGUCUGGAAAUCUCUCUGCAGGAAUUGAUUACGUCUGGUGAAAAGCCGAUUGCUGACAGUUUACUUUCUAAUAGCAGUAGACUGAGCUCUGGAAAUGAAACUAUUAUAAUAUAAAUUGUAUGAAAGAAAUAUAAAUUUCUUGUAUAAACCAAUAACACUGUUUUUGCUUUUAAAUAGGGUAUUUUGGGGUAAUUUUUGUGCUAUUGUUUAGUGCUUUAAAUUGGUACAUUUUAAGUAUUUAGUUGAAAAAUGUAUCGUGCACAAAUGUGAUAUUUCUGCCUCCUGUGUUUGCAUUUUUAUACUUUUUUAUACGAGUUUUUCUCAUUUUGCAUUGACCAACGAUAUUGUCAGUAUUUUACAGUUGCUUUGCAUUUCUAAACUGCACAGGUUUUUCGCUUUAAAUGAUAUCUUUUGUAUAAAAUGUUAUGUUAAAUUAUAGAUUAUUUAUAAAACAAUUGGCUAUUUCUUCUGAUGAAAAAUGUUUGUAUGUAAAUAAUAAUACCUUUUUAUUUAAUAUAUUUAAUCUUAUCUUUGAAUGAGAAAAUUUUAUUAUAAAUGUUUUAUAAAUAAAAUUAUGUAUUG